AUGACCACAACAACAACAGUAAUGACAGUGAAGAAGGACUCGUUUGAUCGCUUCGGCGAUGAUUUGUGUCAACUAUUGCUUCAAUAUCUGCUAAUUGAAGACAAAGUAAGACUGGAAUCGGUGUCCAAACAGUGGUCGACAUUGAUAUUCAAUACACAAAAUUAUCUCAUAUUUGAUGUCAAACUAUUGGAAACAUUUAAUCCAAUUGAUUGGCAAAGUUAUCGCAAAUCAUUUGAUUGUUUUUGUAACCGAUUUGGCCAACAAUUGCUGACAUUCAAGUUUGACGAAAUAUAUACCCCAACUAAUAGACAAUUGUUUGAAAACUUGUCAAACUUGAAGACAUUGGACGUCAAUCACAUCGAAAGCACUGAACAAUUGUUUAAUAAAUGUCUGAAUUGUUUGCCAAACUUGACUACUAUUGAUAUCAGGACUAACGGAAGGAUAAGUCUAGGAUUUGAUGUUAUAUUAGCCGUCAAUAAGUUAUUACCGAAAACAAUUCAAUCACUGACAGUAAGAUUGGACAACAGAUCAUUGAAUCUAUUGGCUGAAGAUCUUGAAGAUUAUCGCAAUUUGACGAUAUUGUCGGCCGGUUUGUCACAAAUGCAACAAUUGAAACAACUGGUCAUUAGUUUGCCCGUAGGUUUUGGUACCGUUCAUACCAUUCGACUGUUGACAACAAUUGGCCGCCGGUGUCGACAACUGAAAAAGUUUGGUAUUUCAAUAAACAAGUUAAUAGAUAACUCAGUCGACAUAUUUGCCGCAAUCAAUGAACAUAUGUCACCACAAUUGAGACGAUUAACAGUGAAUUGUUAUCCCGUUGAUGAACAGUCAGUACUGACCAGCAGUUCGUUAAAACGAUUGCAUCGAUUGACACAUUUAACACUUCGUGUAUACAGUCGGCAGAUAAUCGGUGACUGUUUUUUCAAUAAUAUUCACCGCAAUCUUCCGCGACUACAGUAUAUUAGAUGUGAUUGUGUGUCUAUUACUGAGGUGUCGAUUACCGCUUUAGGACAGUUAGCACACCUCAGGGAUGUCUAUCUCCUGUUCGAUGCAAACAAACGUAUGACAACAAGUGAUGUAUUUAUUUCCAAUCAAUUACUAAUUGGUAGUCAUAUUAAACACUUGUAUAUUGAGUAUUGUUCAUCAAAUGAGUCAAAACGUUUUAUUUAUGGCAAAUAUUUUAAUUAUGAUAAUCUUAAUGUUAAUUAACGGAUACAUUAGUAGUUGUAGU